AUGCGACGACCGUCGGAUAGCUUGACCGAACCCGCUCGGAACCUUGAAGAAUCAGUCGGAUCCCCAUCGCCAACUACCCCCGAUCCCACCACCGAUCUUUCUCUCCCGCCCCCUGAAGAGCAGAUAGUAAGCCAACAGGCCGACGUCAACGUUGAUCCCGCUACUGUCACACCACCCCCGCACAUUGCCGCCCGCCUCUUCAUCCGGCCCACCAAUCAGACCCGCCGCAAAGACAGUGCAGCUUCGUCGCGGCGCAACAGCUUCUCGUCCGCCCAUUCCCGCUCUUCUCACGGCUGCGGUCGCGACGUUGGUCCCCAGAGCAAGUAUGUCGCCCAACACUUGCGCCGCGCCUCCAUCCUCGAAGACCGAAAGGCCCGCCUGGCCGACCGUGCCGCCCAUGCCGAGAAAGUCCGCAUCCGAGCCGCCAAGGCCAAGGCCACCGUCAAGGAUAUCACACAAAGCGAAGAGAGAGCCAUUGCGGCUGCCAUGGCUCGCGAACGCAACCUAGCCGAGAUCGCCGCCGCCUGUGCCGAGGAGGUCAAGCGGGCCAAGCAGAUUGCCGAGACUAUGAAGGAGAAGCGCGAGCAGGAGAACAAGAAACUCAAGAUGCAGAUGGAAGAACGUCUGGCCGAAGCCGAGAGGAGAAGGGAAGAACUCCGUAACCGCAACGCUGCCAAGGUCAAGUGCAGGGAGCGCGGUCAGAGCCUUGUCACAAGGAAACCCACCUUGGUCGAGGUCAUGCCCGAGGUCAAAGAAGUCAAGGAGCGCGAGUCGAGCCCCAUGAGGCCCGAGGCCGCCGCCAGUAGAAUUCAGUGGUGGUGGAAGUCCAUGAGUCGCAAACGGGCCGUAGCCGAGUUCAGCGCGCUAGGCCUCACCAUCGACGUUGUUAGAGAGACGUCCUUUGAUACCGUUACCAGCUUGCUGUCGCAGGAGAACGUCUUGGUGGCCACCUCUCGAGUGCUCCGCAUCUGUGGGCUCAACGAGGGUGCGCCUGGGUCAGUGGAAGAGAUGACGGCUGUCCGCUCGUUUCUGAGCGCCUUCCUUAUCCUCGGCCACCCGUCCCAAGUGCUUAGCAAUAAGGAGGGUACCGGAGAACCAGAGCAGGUUGGGUCCGCCCUGGCGAAACCAAUCCCUCGUGAUGAUCUGGCUAACCCUCAGUUGCAGGAACUCGUUGGCAAGGCUGGUGACCUACUAAUCUCUUUUGAGAACAUUCUAGGCCGACUGACCGCGUUUAAUAACUACACUCCGCCACCGGCCCUGUUGGAGUCGUUCCCCGAGGUCUACGCUACCUUUUACAAUGCUUUCAUUGCCUGGAAGGCCCGUGAUUCCAGCUCUCUGGUUGAGCUCAUGGUGAUGCAGUUCGUCGAGCUGGACGCUAUUUGGGAGUCCGUCAAGGACAGCACAGAUGGGUCCGUUGACCAGGUGUACAGAGAAAGCAUUCGAGAAAACCAGCUGCUACUAUUGGUUCGCAUCAAGAAACUUGCCGGACCCGUCCGUGGCAAGCAGCUGGUAACUGAAGCUGUCAGGGCAGCCCGCAAGGCUAGAGUCAAGAAGCCUCGCGGUGAUUUGAAGCCCCGUGUGGCAGAGCAGUCAGAAUCGGAGACAGGCAUGGGCGUCCUUGGUGACGGCAGCAACCAGGGUCAACAGACCCAGACUCCCACGCCCCCCUCCACUCCGGCCAGACAGGGCGAGACCUUCAAGAUCAGCGUCGUGCUGCCACACACCAAGAGCCUCUUGCCGGAAAACAGGGUGGUUGUGCAUGAGCUGGCCAUCAAUAGGGACUUCCGUACCGAGCCCAGCGAAUACCACGAGCAACAAGCCCAUCUGCUCGCACCCCUCUUCCAAGAGAUGCGGGCAACGAUGCAGGCGGACAAUCAAGAAGUACACUUUAUGCUUCUGCUGCGGGUUGCCGAUAUGAUCCGCGAGAAGCUCCAGCGGCUUGUCAGACCUGGAAACCCCAUGCACACGCUGAUCGGCGAGCUUCUUGAUACGGAAAUGGCCCAGCGUCAGUUUGCUAUGGGCAGCUUCUCCUACGAGAAACUGUUCCAAGCCAUGGGAACACUCCUGCCCAAGCUCUGUGCGCCUGUCCGCGACGACGAAGUCAAGAUUCUUGCCGAAGAAAAGCUCGUCCAAGGCACGUAUGUUGACCGUCUCGAGGCAUUAAAUGCCUUCAUCGAUGUCAUGCUUAGUGACUAUGCCAACUACCUACUUCAACAAGCCGCGCCCCAACUGAUCGAGCAAGCGCCCUCGUACGAAGCCAAAGCCUUUGCCGCCGAUAUCGAAGCCGGACGCUACGAUCUUUCGGCUGCCAAAGCCGCCUGGCGCGCCGCACGUGUGAAGCUGAUGGGCGAAGCUAGCCGCCGCGAUCCCGAAGGUGUUGACAUUCCUCGUUCUCGCCCCACUGCCAACAAGAUCUACAACCAAAUGCUCGUGGACCUCUUCACCCAGCCGCAUCCACUCAGCAUUGACGAGAUGCCCGCAAUGCUGCGGCUCGAUCACAAGCGUGUCGUCGAAGCGGGCCGCGUUACCAAGAGGAUCAUCACCACAGGUGCUAUCCUCCUCCAAUGCAAAAACCUGCUCAAGCGCGACGUCCGCGGGCCCUGGCGAACGGAAUCCCAGCGCAUUUUGGCUGUACUCGAGCGGAGCGAAUCAUCCUCGGACCCCGUCCCUACCGAUCAAACAGUUGACGGGAUCCUCACCGCUCUCGAAGCCGGCCGCUCCAUGCCCGCUGCUACCAAGGUUCACCUACGUGCCUUUGUCACCAAGCUCGUCCUCUCGGCCGCUUCCAUCACGGCCGAAAACCGUGAACCUAGCGAUCCCGUCCUUCGUCUGCUGCUGAGCAGGUUGAGGGCCUAUGUCUUGCAAAGACUGGCGGCUAGCGCGUCGGCUUCGGAAAAUGUCAAGGCUACUAGUACCGCUGGAGAGAAGCUGGCGGGUUUGGGUCUAGCAGAGUUUGUGGAUAAGGUGAGGGAUUUGGUGGAGAUGCUUGGGAGGGUCGGGGAGGUGGAUAGAGGGGCGCAUGGAGUGUGGUGGGAUCAGGUUGCGGAGACUGGAGGGUGAGGCUCAGUAAGGGGAAAGUGGAUGGGGGGGCAUUUGCGCAACGAAGAGAGUUGAUUGGAAGAGGGAAGGGGGGGAGUGAUUGCAUAUAUACCAUGGCGUUUUUGGUCUUUUGUUUGGGUAUCGUUGUCUGUGCCAUGGCAUGGCACCAGCGAUGAGUUUUUCUGGUUUCCAUCUGUUUUAGGCGUUGAGGAUUUGCAAAUGAGCUAUAAGGCUCUCGCAAGGGAAUAGGCUUCCAUGGCAUGGGAUCGGAUAUUGUCAGUUUGUGAUGGUUUCUGUUUUCGUCGGGAUGAUUCAAAGCAUUCACAGUCCAUGAUCAUUUGACAGGAUCAUGAAUAGCAUCUACUACCAGUAUAUCUGUGUCUCGUUCACGUUACUUAGCGUCGCUGAUGUGACAGCGAAUGCAAAAAAAGAAUGAUUAUCAUUUUCCCCCUUU